AUGAAUACAUCAUCAAAAUCCGAUAAUUUUCUUGCACAAUUUAAAGAUAUUAAUUCAAAUUCAUUAAAAUAUUUUACUGCUGCACAAUUUGUUGAAGUAUGGAAUCAUUAUGAUACUGAUGGCAAUGGUUAUAUUGAAGGUUCAGAAUUGGAUAAUUUUCUACGUGAAUUCAUCUAUAGUGUAUUUUCUGAAGAAUUAGGAAAUGAGACAAUACCUAGCGAUGAGUUGGAAUUAAUGAAAAAAGAAUUUAUGGAGGCAUUCGAUGAAAAUUCUGACAAUCGAAUUGAGCUUACUGAAAUGGCUAAAAUUUUACCAACUGAAGAAAAUUUUAUUCUGUUGUUUCAUCGGGAUAAUCCAUUGGAUUCAAGUGUUGAAUUUAUGAGAGUGUGGAAACGUUUUGAUAAAGAUAGAAGUGGAUAUAUUGAAGCUGAUGAAUUGAAAUCAUUUCUUCUACACUUACUGAAAGAAGCAAAACCGGAAACUAAUAUUGAAGAAGGAAAAUUAAUUGAGUAUACUUCAUCCAUCCUCCAGUUAUUCGAUCAAAAUAAAGAUGGUAAACUUCAACUCAGUGAAAUGGCAAGACUACUUCCUGUUAAAGAGAAUUAUUUAUGCAGACCAAUUUUCAAGAAUGCUUCGAAAAUUACAUCAGCUGAUAUUGAUCGAGCAUUUUCACUUUAUGAUCUUAGGUAUACGAUGAACUCUCCUGAUCCAUGGUAACUAUUUCCAAUUAUAAUUUAAAGAUAUCCUAGUAAUCGCUAUAAAUUUCAAGUACUAAGUUCAAAGUAAACGGUCUACAUUUCAAGCAUUAAUCUAUUCAUGAAAUAGAAUAAUAAUUAUCCAAUACUGUCGGUGACGUUUGUCUUACACUAGACAUUGCUGAACUCUAUUUAUCACGGCUUUUGACUAGAAAUUUAACGCUUCAGUGCUAGUCAUUAUCAGGUAAAGGUUUGUUGUUAAUUUAAAUCAUCAAAUUCAUCGUACAUUAACUAGUGACCAUCAUUGUUCUAAUUUAAGCUCAUAAAAAGUGCAGAAUGAUACUAUUGCAUUGAAAUGGUUGUUGCUGAUAGAUUUAGAUAAUCGAUACUUAUGACGACUGACUUACUAACAAUGUCAUUGGUGAUCAUUGUUCUAUGAUUUCUCAAC